AAAAAAUCAGGUAUUCGGCGAGGGGACGAACUCGCUCUCACUCACAAACAACUGCUCCUCAGAUCCCUUUUUGACAGUCUGUCUCAUCUCGUGGCUUCUGUCUCCGCCUCUUCUCUUCCCCGGCCCUCCCCCAACCCUCCUCCCUCCUCCUCCGCCUUCUCUCUCUCUCUCUCUCUCUCUCACACACACACACACACACACACACACACACAGACACUCAGAUACAAACUGCUGGCAUUUCUAUCACUUUGCUCCUCUGGCCAGUUCACUGUCUGAAAAUUCAUUCAUGGCGUCGAUUAUGGAGUCCUGUUGGCUGUAUUUGAUCACGCAUUUCAGCGACUUUCAGCUGGCUUGUCUUGGAAGUUUCUUUCUCCACGAGAGUGUUUUCUUCUUAUCAGGACUUCCUUUCAUUUAUCUUGAGAGGGCAGGAUGGCUGAGCAAGUAUAAGAUUCAGCCAAAGAAUAACACCGUGGCAGCUCAGGAGAAAUGCAUCAUUCGCCUAAUUCUGUACCACUUGGGUGUAAAUUUGCCGGUCAUGAUCUUCUCUUAUCCGGUUUUCCGAUACAUGGGCAUGCAAACCAGUCUGCCAUUGCCGUCCUGGAAAGUGGUAAUGUCUCAGAUAGCUUUCUACUUCGUCCUCGAGGACUUCGUAUUCUAUUGGGGACACCGGAUCUUACAUACAAAAUGGUUGUACAAGCAUGUGCACAGCGUCCAUCACGAGUAUGCUACGCCCUUUGGUUUGACCUCUGAAUACGCUCAUCCUGCUGAGAUACUAUUUCUUGGCUUUGCUACCAUUAUUGGCCCUGCUAUAACUGGUCCACAUCUCUCGACUCUGUGGUUAUGGAUGGUACUGAGGGUGUUGGAGACAGUUGAGGCUCACUGCGGCUAUCAUUUUCCUUGGAGCCUUUCAAACUUUUUGCCAUUGUAUGGAGGUUCUGAUUUUCAUGAUUAUCAUCACCGGCUGCUUUAUACCAAGUCCGGGAACUAUUCAUCUACCUUUACUUAUAUGGACAGGAUCUUUGGUACUGACAAGGGUUAUAGAAAGUUGAAGGCAUUGAAGGACGAACAAACAGAAUAUGGCAUCAAGGUAAUGUAACUGAGGGAAGACAAUUUUUUUUGGGUGGCCUGACGACGUGAGCAGAUGGAUUCCUCCUUGCUGAAAAGGGAUGUCUUGGGAGAGGUCCUUGUCUGUCCUUUCAUCCCUCUUUGAGUGAUGCCAGCCCUAGUGUUCAGUCAGUUUGUUCUGAUUUUAGUUCUUGGUUUGAUGUGGAAACUGUGGAGAUCUACCUUUGGACUGUAUGUGCCAUAUUUUUUUUCUGCAUCAAUGAAGUUGCCCAGCCAUCUUACUUACU